UCGCGCGAACUUCAAGUAUGGCCGUCGAGGGUCAAUAGCAGCGCCACUUGCCGGCAAAAAAGAUGAAGUAAAGAAGUGGGCGAUGUUAUCGACAAAAAAUAAUGGCUAGGAAGAAAAUUAUCUUACUAAUUGCGGUAAAGUGGAAUAUUAUCGAUCCAUUGCCAACAAUCAACAUUAUAAUAAAACUAGUGAAAAUAACUGAACAAUUUCGAGGGAAGGAUUGAAACUUUCGUUACGUUAAAAAAUCGAUCAGUGAUUGCGAUCACCGUGCAAUAUUUUGAUACAUUCCACAUUUAAAUAUUAUAUAAUAUUGCGUAAUUUUGCGAUCCGACAAAAAAAAAAUCCCAAACUUACUGCCAACUACAUUUUGUUGCCGCCCAACAAUGUUGGUAGCUUUGGAACGAGCGUUUCGCGUCGUCGCGCUUUUUCGUCGUCUGCAUCGGGCGCAGCAAGUGACAGCUUGUCCGUGUUAUUGACACUUGGACGCUAACAAAAUGCUCGCGGUGACGGUUUCUUCUCGUACGACGAGUGACUGCGCGAGUUUGACAGCGAGCGCGCGCGAUGCCGCGAUGCUUCGUACGGCGCUGUAAGAACAGACCGUGGCCGAAGCAGGCGACGGUGCUCGAUCGAACGUCCUCGUCGACGCUGUGUUCGUGCGACUUCGGUCUGUUCAGCCGUUCAUCGGACUUCGUUGUUGAAGAGCUCGUGAUCGCGAACAUUCAUCGCUUUUCGUCGCGUUCGUCGCGAUUUUUUUCUGCCGGCACGAUGUAAGAACUGCUAACGAUCGAGCGAUCGGAUUGAUUAUUAUUCUCAUCGUCCUGCAUCUGUCAACGCUGUUAUUGGCGCUGUUCUCGACGCUGUCGAAACAGCUGUCGACGAUAGUAGAUUCAGCGGUUUUUCGCGAUAUUGUUGCGGUAAUAUAACGACUGCUGAAAGAUUUUCAACGUCUAGCGUUUUCACGAUGUGUUCAUGCAUAAUUCAUGACGUGACGAUCGUACCUGCAAUACGCUGACGGAAAAUGACGACAAGUCGUGCGGCUUUUCCAUCGUUGUGUCUUUCGAAACGCAUAGCCGACGAUAUUAUCGUGAAUUUGCUGGAGAUUUUCCAGCGACGUUCCAUGAACAACAAUCAAUUCGCGAGGAUGAAUCCUUGAAAGGAAACUUCUUUUAUCUCAUACAAACACGUUCGUGAAUUUACUGCAAAUUUUCUCGGAAAGAGAAAAACAAGAAUACUGAGAAAUGUGAAGAGAUUUCAAUAACUAAAUCCAGCAAAAACUGCACAAUUUUGCCUUGAAAAAGCAAGAAUCGCAUCAGGAAAAAAACAGUGCAAGGCAAUAGAGAAUUCGGCAUGAUCCGUGGGGGAAAUAGAGCCUGCUUGAAAAUAAUAGGCGGGGUGGUGGAGGCAUGGAAGCCGAGGCUAGCCAACCGUCUCUUCAGAGACUUUUCAGAGGCACCUUGCCAUCGCCAGGAAUACCCGGAUUAGACGUCAUAAGAGCCCUACAUCAAACUGUUGUAUCGUUGCGCUCGGCCUUGGACUCGUCGCGCGAGGAGCUCCGCCGAUUGCAGGAGAGCGUCGGCAAUUUUUCCGGCGAGAGCUACGUCGACGCGGUAGGCCGUCUAGCCCUCGAGAAUCACGUUCUCAGGCGAAGAAUCUUGAGCAGGAGCUGCGAAUUUACGAGCGAUGCGGCAACCAGUCCGCCGCUUCAGUCAAAACACGUCCGGCUCACCGUAAAAGCUCACAUGGACGAACCAACGGAUCCGGCAAAAACCACCAUGGACGUACCUAAGAAGACGGCCACCACUGAUGCUCAGGAUACGCCUAAUCAGCCUAUCUCUGAAGCUAGCAGCAGUAGCAGCAGCGGCAACGACAGUCCUGAACUAUCUUCUCAUGCCAGCCGACCCGACAGAUUUCAAGCUCUAUCGAAAUCUACAGUUGCCACUACCUUCAAGAUUACUGAGCCGGUCUCUACGACGCCGAACGUUUCUCAAAGUGAGAGUCACAAAUAUUCGACUGCGACAACGAAUGCGACUGGCAACGAAGAAGAGUCCCGGGUGGAAAUCUCAGAUGAGGCAGCUAAUGUGGAUCACUUGGAUGUUCCUGAGAAAGACAUCGAAGACUUGAGUUUGAAAUCCAUUUCCGACGGCGACAACUCCGUGUUCAGCGAUCACGCGGACCAGCUGCAGCCGCCUCGACAGAGCCAAUCGGGCGAUUCGUCGAAGCCGAACGAGCACUCGGAGAACGAAUCGGAAGAACUGGACGACAUCGAGCUGAUAUUCACAACAGAUGAAACUUGUCGCGAUCUCGGUCUCCAGGAGGAUCUGGUGUCUAUCACAGAGACGGAGUCUUGGCAGCACGGUGGCGGCGCCGGUGGCGGCCAGCCUAUCUUGCUUAAGUACACAAAGUCGGCGGAGAGCGAGUCGUUGGUGUGUAACGGCGAUAAAACUUCCUCCGUCGAGGAGGCCGUGUCCUCGCAGAAUUCCAGCAUCGAUCGCGAGGAGAGCGUUGACAGGUUCGACGAGAGCUCCAGUAGUCGACUCAAUAAAAUGUGGUCGCAGUGCUCCGUCCUGGUCGAGACGGACAUUAGCAAGUGCGGCGUACUAGAGGAUGCUGAGAGCUCGACCGGAUCGUCCUUGCGACACGUUGCGAGGAGGAACACCCUGGCCGCGCCACCGACGGCUUACAGACCCAUUAUCCAUCGAGAAGCUCUAGCUAGCAGUCGGAGAAAAGGUUCCGCUCCGCUGCGGCCGGUGAUGGACCGCAGCGGCGGUGCGCGGAGAGAAUCCGGUGCUCAGACGGACAUCUCCGCACUUCCGGCGCAAUGGCGGUCCGAGAGCUAUCUGGCGCACAAAGUUGCACACACUUUCACGACGCUGCCGAGUAAGUUCGCGCUGCCAACGGGAGUGCCUGGCCGAUUAAGACUGUCGGACAAAACUCGGGAAGCUAGAAGGGUGAUGUUGUCGGACAUCAGCUUCACUAGCAUGGUACCAGAGUUAUCGAGAAGCGCGGAUCACCUGUGCCACGAUCCACACGCACAGACCUGUUUAAAUACGCGAGGCUGUGGCCUCCGCACGCCAGAAGUCCACAGACGCGAGUCCCUGGGCUCUCCCGCGGGAUAUUGGCCGCGCUGCAAUCCCGCGACCGGUCUGCCGAGCCCCUGCGACUGUCGGCUGUCGACUGAUCUCUAUCCGUCGCGAUAUCGCGGCUCGCUGACGUCGAUACCGUCGCCCGGUCUCGAGGUCGUUGGCGGUCCUCCGCGAAGACACUCCUGGAGGGCGACGGCGGCGUCCUUCGACACGUGGAGGGUCCCGGUCGCGACUUCCACGCCGCGUCCAACAUGGUCCUCGAUGCCAUCCUCUCCGACACAUGUGCACCCUCCCCCGAUCUCCGCCAGAACUACGAAAAAUGUACCAAAGAGAACGCGAUCCAAAGUGACCUUCCAAGAGUGUCCAAUGACGCGCGGUAGUCUACCGAACUUGCGUUCAGAUUCAGUCGGCGGUGAAAAUAGCGGAGAUUCCACUGAAUCGUUGAUCGACGAGGCCGAGGAUUACUUGCGGCGAAGCAUCGAUUCCAUGCUCACAAUAUCGAGCACCAACGCGGAUUACUGGAGCAAGCAAACAGCGAGGCGGAGAAGGGUGCGAAGGCAUUCGGAGCCCGAAUUGAUCCGCGAUUGGCAUCCCCCUCAAGAUGCCAGGCCAUAUUUGCCAAAGAUACCAAGAGAUCUUAAGAUAGAUCACCUCGUCAAAGUCAUAUCGCCGGAGGGCAGGGUUCUUCAGGGUCGCGUGAGAUACGUAGGUCCUGUUCCAGGUCGAGAAGAUGCGCACGUGGGUGUGGAACUGCCAUAUGUUAACGGUUCGUCCGACGGUACAUUCCACGGCAGAAGAUUUUUCGAUUGUGAGCCGGAUCGAGCGAUCUUCGUCCCGUUCAAGAAGGUGGUACUUGCCUGGUGCACCACUUGACCCGAACCACCGACCCCCCUGACGACCCCUCGAAUUCUACUCACACAGUUCACCAUGUAAGGAGAAUUUGGUGACGUGUAAGUUGUACUUAACACUUUCAAAGACUAGCCAGUCUCUGAUUAGGUCCAAAUCAGCAAGAUAACCUAAUCAUUUCUAAUCUUUGGCGACUAAUUCUCUCAUUCCCGUACGAAAUUAUAGCUGUCUAAUUACGUGUUAAAGUGAUCGAAAUUAAAAAAAAAAAAAA